CCAUAUUUUGUUGAUUUCAGAACAUGUAUAACCUACAAGAAAUUCGACCGAUUCAUUACAAUUGUUAUUAUUAUUGAAUUCGACACUGGACCACGAAAGUUAUUUAUUGUUAAAAAUGAAGACUUCUCCUCAUCAAACUCUAGUAAAAGCUGGUGACCGCGAUGGCUUAAAGGAAUUAUUGAGGCGCAGAUUAGUCGAGUGCGGAUGGCGAGAUGAGGUGAAGCUGAUCUGCAAGGACAUUAUUAAGGAAAACGGCCCGGAUAUAACGUAUGACGAGCUGCUGAGUAUGGCCACAAGUAGAGCUCGCAGUCGAGUGCCAGACGUCGUGAAGAAAGAGCUUUUGCAGAAAAUUAAAAAUCAGCUUUUAGCCCAAGAGGAAAAACUUAAACUUUCGUGAAAUUUACUUUUAAAUUAGUCACUUU